AUGGCGACCGCUCCCUCAAUCCCCGCAAAAGACGACUUUCCAGAAUCCCUCGUCUACACCCUCCCAUCUCCUGCCACCACCCCCCCACCAACCAACAUCCUAAUCCUCAUGCACGGUCUAGGCGAUCUACACAACUCCUUCACAACCCUCGGCACCCAACUCGCCCUCCCCGAGACCGCCGUCCUCGCAAUCCAAGCUCCCAACUCCCUUCCUAUCACGCAGGAAGCCUAUCACUGGGGCGACGACGUCAUUUUCGAUAACUCCCCCGGCGGACUGGAUUCUGAUGCGGGGUUCACGAAGACCCGCACGCUCCUCGCGGGAAUCGUCGACGACGCACUGGUCGGGAGGUGCGGGUGGCGCACACGCGGGAUAUUCUUCUUCGGGUAUGCGCAAGGCGGCAUGGCCGCGUUGGAUUUUGUGCUCUCGCGGCCAGGAAUGGAGUUUGGUGGGGUCGUGAGUGUUGGUGCGGGCGCACCGGCAAAGGUGGAGGUGGAAGAAGGGGAGAAGUGUAGGACUCCUGUGCUUGUUUGUGCCGCGGAGGAGGGGAGUGUGAUUUCUCAGGCUGGGGAGAGGAGGUUGGAGGAGCUGUUUGAGGACGCCAGGACUGUCAGGUGGAAGGGGAGGAAGGAGGACGGGAUGAUGCAGACUCGGGGCGAGUUGUUGCCGAUCAUGGAGUUUUAUGGGAGGAGGUUAGGGAGUGUUGUUGGAGUUCCCGAGGACGCUUUGGAGUUGAUUGCGGGUAGGACAAGUUAGGUUUGUGAUGCGCUAUGUAUCAGAGGGAAAGGGAUAAUGGUUUGGUCAUAUCAUAACGAAAGCGAAAAGCAUCUACUUUGGCGUUGCGCUUGCGAUUGGUUCUCUAUGGAUAGCUCGUACCACACGUGCACAGAAGACCCGACCUUAUAUUAGCUAUAUAUAUGGAAUCACCAGACUCUGCGGCGCGG